AUGGACACCACCAUCCUCAUCUCCACCGUCGCCCUCCUCGCCACCGCCCUUUACUGGUUCGUCUGCAUUUUCCGAUCAUCCCAACAAAAUAGAAGAUGUGCCGGCAAUCUCUCUUUUGGCUCCAUCCACCGUGAACAAGUCCACGACAAGUUCAACCAAUAUCUUUCUUUCUUCCAUCACCCUAAACAGCUGACGGAGAUGGCCGAAACAGUACCAGCUUUCGUCGACAUCUUCUACGACCUCGUCACCGACAUGUAUGAACACCUAUGGGGCCAGUCCUUCCAUUUUUCACCUUCCAUCCCUGGGAAAUCGAACCUUGAAUCCACCAGAAUUCACGAACAGAUGGCAGUAGAUCUGAUCGAUGUUAAGCCUGGACAGAAGAUCCUUGAUGCCGGAUGUGGUGUCGGAGGUCCGAUGCGUGCGAUCGCUGCACAUUCAGGCUGUAAUGUCGUCGGAAUUACAAUCAAUGAGUAUCAAGUGAGCCGAGAAAAGAUCCUUAACGAGAAAGCAGGAUUGGACAAACACUGCCAAGUGAUUUGCGGCAACUUUCUACAAAUUCCUUUUGAAAACGAGAGCUUCGAUGGCGCAUAUUCAAUCGAGGCGACUUGCCAUGCACCCAAGUUGGAUGAUGUUUACAGCGAGAUUUUUAGGGUUUUGAAGCCUGGAUCGAUGUAUGUUUCUUAUGAAUGGGUGACUACUGAAUUGUACCAAGGUGAAGAUCCAAAACACGUGGAGAUCAUUCAUGGCAUCGAACGAGGCGACGCCUUGCCGGGGUUGAGGAGUUAUUCCGAUGUUGCGGAGGUGGCGAAGAAGGUGGGUUUUGAGGUGGUGAAGGAGAAAGAUUUGGCAAAGGCACCGGCGAAACCUUGGUGGCGGAGGCUGAAGAAAGGAAGAAUUGCUUAUUGGAAGAAGCGUAUUGUAAUCAUGCUGCUGGAGAAGCUCGGAAUCGUGCCAAAAGGCACAGUCGCUGUUCAUGAAAUGUUGUUCGAGACGAUGAAGUAUCUCGUUAAGGGCGCAGAGGCCGGAAUUUUCACUCCCAUGCAUUUGAUUCUCUGCAGAAAACCUGUGAAACCGCAAGAAGCUUGAUC